AGCCACACGUCCCUGAAGCUACUGGUGAGCGGGUUAAUACACAGGAUGAACCACAAAAAGAAGUAGACGAUGAAAGAGACGAAGCAGGUUCCUCAUCUCACUCAGGAGAUGAAACACAUGCGAGUUCUGCGCACGUCGACGAAGAAGCAGACGGUACACCGCCCGAACACGAGGCAAAAAGAACAGGGGCUCCUGCGGAAGAAGAGGUUAAGCUUGACGAGGCCUCUGCGACAGAAGAGGUUCUUGGGAGUUCUGCAGCCACCAGCCCUACGGCCCCCGACCCCGACGACGCUAGUGACGACGUCUCCUCCUCUGCUGCACCUCCACCGGCACCAGCGGAUUUGUUACGGCUACCGAGAGUUGAUGGAUUCUUCAAAGGAAGCAAGGAGUAGGAGAUGAUUGAUUGAGAAAUUAUUGAUUCUCCAAAGAGAUUGACCUAGAAUUCAUAGUAAUAGUUAUUCUUCAAAUAGAAAUAGCUCACGGUUCCUUCAAAGGAUCUUGACUCAGGAAACCAACAUCCUAGAUAUACGUAGCUACCAACUCUUAUUCUAGCUUUUUUAGAUUCUGCACACCUACCUCUUCUUCUAACUUUUUUGGACUCUGCUUGCAUCUAUAGUACUUACCAGAUAGAUUCUAGAUCUGCCACCUCUUCUAAUCCUAGACUCCGCAUCUCUGGAUGACGAAGGGGAGACUACACUCAGCGACGAUGUGAGGAAUCCGACACCACUAGGGCUCAUCCAAGAUGAGCGGGCUAUUGAUUAUGAAAAACAACCGCUUACUUUUCCCUCACCAUUAUAGGUUAGUCCCUUUACCUGAAGAUUUACGGGAUCAGACAUGUUUUCUGUAUCUAUCAUAGUAUCUUCUUGACUCUUACUGUACGUACGUAUCAUCUAAGUACCAUUAUUGCACAAAAUAGAAGAUAAAAGUGAACCAGCCCCUAGUGUGUGACAUCGCGCUUUUAUUUGCUGCAAUCAAUCGACAACGCCAUUUUCUCCCUUUUUUUGUCUAACUCCGACUCUUGGUGCAAAGAGCAAAUUUCGGGUUUCAAGAGCUCAAUCAGGUGAUCAACCACAAGCUGAACAAUCCGGACGUUCAGCUAACGGCAGAGGAUCUGCCUGAGGUUUUUGCUAGUCUCACUACGACCUUGACGAAGGUCCAGAGGCUUCUAGAGGAGCUACAACAGCGCAUCGGAAUUUUGGGAGACAAUGCAAAUACACUGCUGCAAAAUGGUACUACUCUUGUUUAGAAUUGUUGAUUUUGGUGUUGUUGUUGUUGUUGUUACUCUUUGAUAUCUUCAUGGUUCUCACGACAACUUUAAAGACUAAGAUUGUUCUGUUCGAUUUCUAAUAACAUCAGGUACUGGCGUAUCGAAAUCAGCAAUAACACCAGAAUUCCUGUAUUCUUUCCUCGGAUAUCUUUCGCAGUCCCACGCUGAAGCGCCUUUGAACGAGAAAGAACGACGUAGUAGAAAUAAAACUGCACUUCUGAGCUAUACUAAUGAAUUCUUGUAAGACGACUAUGAGUACUAGUACUGCGGAAAAAGAAUAACAAUUCUUAAAGAAUACAACAUUGUCUCGAAAAUACGAAACUGUAGCGGACGUGCAAGAGCAUGACCUGUUUUCUUAAAGUGAACUUUUAUUUCCAUACAGCACAAGAAGUUGUAAGUCAG